GAAGGGGAUACCUGUCACUGCUUUACGUUCCAAGAGUUUCCCAUUCACGAUGAAUAUCUCGUGUCCCAUUGGAACAGAGAUCGACUCUGUGUCUUUCUCGUUUUAUGAGCCACAUGAAAUUCGAAAGAUUUCAGUGAAGCAGGUCGUUAACCCUGUUCUCUUCGAUACCUUGGGACAUCCCACCAAAGGUGGUCUUUACGACCCUGCUCUUGGCCCGUAUCAAAAGUCCCAAAUUUGUGGCACUUGCUCGCAAGAUCACUUCAACUGUCCCGGUCAUUUCGGUCACAUCGAGUUGCCUAUUCCUGCAUACAAUCCUCUCUUUUUUGAUAAUCUUUACGCUAUUCUUCGAGCUCAAUGUAUCUACUGUCAUCGUUUCCGCAUGAACCGCCCUCAGAUGAAAAAAGUGGUCGCCAAGUUGAUGCUUUUGCAGAAUGGUUUGAUCCGUGAGGCGCAGGCUUUGGAGGAUCUGUACAUCAAAACGGCCAAAAAGGGUAAAAAUAACACCGAAGAAACGCUGGAAGAUGCCAUGGAGGAAGACGCGGAUGCCAUGAGCAGUGCCGAGGAAUACAUGGAUCAUAUUGACAACUAUGUCAAGAAAUGUUUAGCGGAUGAGGAAGCUCGUAAAUUCGCUGCCAGCAAUUACAAAGUCACCGUCAUCAACGAAGCACGAAAGGCCGUAAUGAUGGAUUUCAUGAGACAGUGUUUAGCGACAAAACGCUGUGGCAACUGUGAGGGUAUUUCUCCUCCUUACCGACGUGACGGAGCUGCCAAGCUUUUCCAGCUCGCAUUGACGAAAAAGGAGCAAGUGUUGAUGGAAGCCAAGUUGGACGAGGUUUCCAAGAAAGCCUUGCCUACCGGAGCUCAACGUUUUUUAACUCCUUACGAAGUUCGCAAUUUGGUCAAAGCGUUGUUCGACAAGGAAGGUGAAAUCACCACUCUUUUGUAUGGUGGACGUAACGCCCAUGUACCUUCCUACGUCAAAAAAGCCACCUAUCACAUGUUCUUCAUCGAAGUGUUGGCCGUCGCUCCCACCCGUUUCCGUCCUCCGUCCGUGAUGGGUGAUCAGGUGUUUGAAUCGCCUCAGAAUGAAUUGCUCAGCGGUAUCCUAAAGAGCUCUCACACCGUGCGCGACUUUUCCGAGUCUUUGCAGGCUGCUGAGGAUGAGGAUCCCAUGGAUAAAGCCAAGGUUCAACGUUUGCGCAACAUGUUUGUCGACAGCAUCAUUGCCCUUCAACAUGCCGUCAACUCGUUCAUCGAUUCCACCAAGAACCCGACGCCGCUUGCUCAAGGUCAAACCGCUCCUCCCGGUAUCCGCCAAGCUCUCGAGAAGAAGGAAGGUCUGUUCAGAAAGCAUAUGAUGGGUAAACGUGUCAACUAUGCCGCUCGUUCAGUCAUUUCUCCCGAUCCCAAUAUCGAAACAUCCGAAAUUGGUAUCCCACCUGUCUUUGCCAAAAAGCUCACGUACCCUGAACCAGUGACGCCUCACAAUAUCAAAGAGUUGCGUCAGGCGGUUAUCAACGGUCCUUUCAAAUGGCCCGGUGCUACUCACGUGCAGAACGAAGAUCAGUCCAUCGAUGUGCUUGCUAAUCUCAGCUUGGAAUCGCGUAUUGCUUUGGCCAAUUCGCUUUUGGCUCCUCAGAGCUCUCACAACGCUCAAUCGGGCACCAACCCUUACCCAACGCGUACGCAGACCAUUAACAAGAAGGUGUUCCGUCACUUGCGCAACGGUGAUAUGCUUUUGCUCAACCGUCAGCCUACAUUGCAUAAACCUUCCAUCAUGGCUCAUAAAGCGCGUGUGUUGCCUGGCGAAAAGACCAUUCGUAUGCAUUACGCCAACUGUAACACCUAUAACGCCGAUUUCGAUGGUGAUGAAAUGAAUAUCCAUUUCCCUCAAAACGAAAUUGCCAGAGCCGAAGCUACCUUGAUUGCCAACACCGACAACCAGUAUCUUGUCCCUACCAGUGGUAACCCUCUUCGUGGUCUUAUUCAGGAUCACGUUGUUUCCGGUGUGUGGAUGACGGCCCGUGAUACAUUCUUCACGCGCGACGAGUAUCAACAAUUGAUCUAUGGUUCCUUGCGUCCCGAAGAAGACGGUAUCGGUAAUGGUCGCAUUCACAUGGUGCCUCCAGCUAUUUUCAAACCUGUGCCUCUUUGGACCGGUAAACAAAUUAUCUCCACCAUUUUGAAGAAUUUGACGUAUGGCAAGACGCAAUUGAACAUGGAGUCCAAGAGUAAGGUUCCUGGUCGUUUCUGGGGUCCUGAUGGUGCUGACGAAGCCAAGGUGCUUGUCAUGGAUGGUGAAUUGGUGAUGGGUAUUUUGGAUAAAUCGCAAUUCGGUGCCACCGCUUACGGUUUGGUGCAUUCCAUCUACGAAUUGUACGGUGCUGAAGCGGCCGGUAAAUUGCUCAGUAUUUUCGGUCGUCUUUUCACAAAGUACAUCCAAUUCCGUGGUUUCAGUUGUCGAAUGGAUGAUUUGAUUCUUACAAAGGAAGGCGAUAAAGCUCGACGUGAUUUAUUGGAUAACGGUCGUAGCCUGGGUCUCGAAGCUCAUUUGGAAUUCCUUGGUUUGGCGGAAACUGCAAAGACCGAAAGCAAGGAAGUCCUCGAGAAAGAAUUCAAGCUUCGUAUGGAGGAAGUGGCUCGUGAUGACUCCAAACUGGCCGGUCUCGAUAAUGCCAUGAAAUCCAAGGUCAACAAGCUUACGACGUCCAUUACUGAAACGUGUUUGCCCAACGGUUUGGUCCGCAAAUUCCCUGACAAUGACAUGCAAAUGAUGACUGUUUCCGGUGCCAAGGGUUCCAACGUCAACGCUGCUCAAAUCUCAUGCAUGUUGGGUCAGCAGGAAUUGGAAGGUCGUCGUGUCCCUCUCAUGGUGUCUGGUCGAUCGUUGCCGUCUUUCCGUCCUUACGAUACCAGCGCUCGUGCAGGUGGUUAUGUCACAGGUCGUUUCUUGACCGGUAUCCGUCCUCAAGAAUACUAUUUCCAUUGUAUGGCUGGUCGUGAAGGUCUUAUUGAUACAGCUGUCAAGACCUCCCGUUCCGGUUACUUGCAGCGUUGUUUGAUCAAGCAUUUGGAAGGCUUGCGCGUUCAUUACGAUCACACCGUGCGUGAUUCCGAUGGUUCCGUUCUCCAAUUCCAUUACGGUGAAGAUUCCUUGGAUGUCAUCAAGGCCAAGUACUUGAACAAGUUCAGCUUCUCCGCCCACAAUUUCGAAACACUGUCACAGAAAUAUAACCCCAAGGCAGCGCUGAGCUCGCUGGAAACCAAGAUCGGUGAUGAUUAUGCCAAGAAAGCGUUGAAGAAGCCCAACAAAUACGAUCCUGCACUUUCCGUGUACAACCCCGGUACUCAUUUGGGUGUUGUGUCUGAACGAUUUGCACUUGCCAUGAAGGACUAUAUCGACAAGAACCCCGACAAAAUGCCAUUCACCAAGGCCGGUUUGGAAACCAAGAACGAUCACCGUUUCGCCAACUUGACCAAGAGCAAAUUCCGUGCAUUGAUGCAGUUGAAGUACUUGCACAGUUUGGUUGAACCUGGUGAGGUGGUGGGUCUAUUGGCAGCUCAGUCCGUGGGUGAACCUUCCACGCAGAUGACAUUGAACACUUUCCAUUUUGCUGGUUAUGGUGCGGCUAACGUGACAUUGGGUAUCCCUCGUUUGCGUGAAAUUAUUAUGACCGCGGCAAGAGUUAUCAAAACCCCUACCAUGUUGUUGCCUCUCCGCAACGAUGCCACUCCCGAGAUCGCGAGCGAAUUCUGUAAAGCCGCUUCCAAAUUGACGCUUGCACAAAUUGUGGAUGAUGUCUCCGUAACCGAAACCACGACCGCCAAGACCCCCGAAAACAACUAUCGCCGAUCCAAGGUGUACACCAUCCGAUUAAAUCUGUUCAGCGAAAAGGAGUACUCGGAAGAAUAUCGCGUGAACGCUCGUCGCAUCAAGGAAGUGUUGGCCACAACGUUCUUGAAGGAUUUGGAAGAAGCGAUCCGCAAGGAUAUCAAGGGAGCGAAGAAGGCUCAUACCACUGACAUUGCUGAAGGUCAGAAAGUGAUGAGCAGCCACAACGAUGACUUCAACGAAGAGCAAGGUGCGGAUGCUGGCAAUGGUUAUGCUUCGGAUGAUGGUGAUAAUGAUGCCACUACUUCUCGACUGGCGUCCAAGACGAAGCAACAAGCCUCGUAUGAAGGACCUGAUGAAGAAGAUAUGGAUGCAGCCAACAAGACAUUGGAGGACGAAGAAGCCGAAUUAGAAGAGGCUGCCAAGGCGGGUGAUGAUGAGAUGGAUGAGGACGAGCCCAAACCUCGCAAGAAAUCAAGCACAGAUCUGGAAUCCGUUGCUUUAGAACGAACCAAUUACGUGUCUCGAUGGAAGUUUGAUGAUGAAGAGGGUGCAUGGUGUGAGAUCGAUAUGCAGUUCCCUGCCGAUACCAAGAAGAUUUUGAUGGUCAGCUUGAUCGAGAAGAGUUGCUCGCGUGUUAUUGUUCACGAAAUCAAGGGUAUCGAACGCUGCUUCGAAUAUAUCAACCCCACCGAAAACGAUACUGCUAAACGUCUUCAAACCGAAGGUGUCAAUCUUCGAGGCAUGUGGGAUCACAGCAAUAUCAUUGAUGUGAAUUAUAUCGAUACCAACGACAUUGCGGCCAUUCUUCGAACGUAUGGUGUGGAAGCAGCGCGUAAUGCGAUCAUCAAGGAAGUGGCGAGCGUUUUCGGUGUUUACGGUAUUACCGUCGAUCGUCGCCACUUGACUCUGAUUGCCGAUUAUAUGACCUUUGAGGGUGGCUACAAACCGUUCUCUCGUAUCGGUAUUGGCUCCAACGUAUCACCAUUCCUGAAGAUGAGUUUCGAAUCUACCUGUAAAUUCUUGACCGAAGCAACACUUCAUGGUGACUUUGACGACCUGCAGUCUCCAUCAUCGCGCAUUGUGGUUGGCAAGCCUUUCGAAGGUGGCACUGGUUCCUUCGAAGUCUUACAACCCUUGACAACCAACGCAUAGAUUUUUUUCUUUUCUUCAUAGCUUACGAUUUUCUUCAAUUUUUCAACCAACGAUUAAAUACUGUAAAUUUAUUCAUCUAGCAUGCACUUCGCUGUCGCCAAAUUGUAGAAUCAAUUUCUAUAUCAUCUUGUAUGGUCUUAUUUUUUAGACAUUGAUAAGACGAGUCAUCGA